CCUUGGGUUGCGCCAAGGGACGCCCGCAAGGGACGCCCGACGUGGCCGUGGACACCUCUAUCCAACCAGAAUGCCUCCGCGCGAGCAGCAGAGCCGCGCCAGCCGGCCCGCGCGGGCCGGCUUUCGCAUGGUUGGCGAGCAGCCGGUCACCCCGACCCGCUCGCCGCCUCGCCUCCCCGGGCAGCGGCGCUUCCCGCCACCGGUGCCUAGCUCCGAGGAGGAGGCGCUCGCGAUCGCGCGCGGCAUCAUCCGGCACUCGUCGCACGACGACGGCGACCGCACCGAGGCGCGCCACUCCCUGCCGCCGCCGCUGGCCGGCGACGGCGCCGCGGAGCCGCGCGAGCUCUCCGAGUCGCUGCUCGGUGACGGAGGAGCGCUCGGUCCGCUGGACGAGCGGUCGUACGCGACGGAGCACGACUGGCGGAGCAACGCCGCGUGGGACCGCGCCAAGGAGGCCUCCGCCGGCGCGGAUAGCAGCGGCAGCAUCGCGGCGGGCGAUGGCAACGACGGCGCAGGCGACGACCACAACGCGUCGUCGUGGCUGCCUCGCUCCUUCUACAGCGCGCCGUCGCGGCAGCAGACGCCGUCGGGACGGGCCGCGCCGGAGGUGUCCCGCGACGGCAGCAGAGAGGCGCGGCCUCCCGAGGUGAAGCCGUUUGGCUCCUUCUCUUCCAACUGGAACGGUCUCGAGCUGGGGCUGGGAGGCUGGGCGUCGCUCCACAGCCCCGCCAGGUCGCCCAAGGCAGCGCGCAAGGGCGGCUGGGCAAGGCUGGCCAGCGAGGGCAGCAACGGCACCGGGCGCUGGUCAGUGCUCGAGUCAGCUCAGCAUGCGGUGGGUUCGUCGUGGGCGCGUGCACGGCAGGUGCUGGUGGCGCAGCAGAUGACGCGGAAGUCACUCUUCUCGCGCCAGCUUGGUUCCAUCAUCCUCUCGGACCAGAACCCACUGCUCCCCGCCUUCCUCACGCGCCGCGACAACAAAGGCGCGAAGCGGUGCAUCACCUGGUCGUGCGCGUGGCUGGUGCUGGUGCCGCUGCUGAUCGCCUUCACCGUCCUCGCAAUCACCUCCCUCACCUCGCUCGCCUUUGUCGCCUGGCCGUGGCUGAGGGAUGGGUCGACGGGCAACGGCUGCCACGCGUCCCCGGUCUGGAUGUCGAACUUUAUCGAGCGGCGCAUCGACAGCGCCAUCAGCCAGAUUGACUUUCCGCAGCCUGUGCUUGGCAACAACCUCAAGCCGCGCGCCGACGUACUCGGCGUGGUGGUCAAGCUGAAGAACGUCUCGCUCGAGGCACUCGAGAUCAACGCGUUCGAGCUCUCCGCUUGCUACGAGGACGACGUGAUCGCGCUGCCGCUGCUGAUGCCCGCAAAGAGCACCGCGAUGAAGCUGUCCGAAGUGCACUUCGGGUCGCGCGCAGAGUACGAGGUGUAUGGCGCGUGGGGUGCCUUGUACCUUGGCUCCGGCUACGCGCGGGUGUCGGGGAGGGGGCAGGUGACCAUCGAGACCGACCCGCUCAACCUGCAGCACUUCGUCACUUCCUGCGACGCCACCUUUGACGAGGAGGCGACGACGAUGGAGGUGCACGGCUUGGGCGAGGGCACACCCUUCGCGUCCAAGGGGUUCCUCAACACGAUCGUCGACUUUGACAUGCUGAUGUGCGAGGGGCGCGGCGACAACUCGAUCUACAACUUCGAAGGAGACCGCGUCUUUCGCGGCGUACCGACGGAGGUCAACGCCGUCGUCCUCAAGGAGGUGCCGGUGCUGCACGCGCUGCUGCGGUUCGCCUUCUUCCUCCUCUCCCUGCUCGCUCUCGCACUCGUGCUUCUCGGCUUCGGCGUCCGCUGCUGGCUCUCCCGCGUCAACAGGCAGCUGUGGGGGCAGCGAACCGUCGAGUUCUACCUGAGGCGGUGGCUCGGCGCGCGCCACUACGCCCUCUUCAUCUGGCUCUUCAAGCGCGUGGCCGUGCUCACUGUCGCCGGCACGUUCGCCGCCGUCGUCGUCCUCGGCGCCUGCUACUUUCUGACGGACGAGACGGUGGCAUUCGCGCCGUCCCAGGACGGCAACGGCGGGAAGCGGCGCUGCCCGAUCGGCGGGAGCCGCUCCGAGUGCGAGGACGAGCUGCCUAGCGACGUGGACCCGAUGCUGGAGGAGGCCAUCCUCCAAAACAUCCCCGGCACGGAGCAGUUUCAGCCCUUCUUCGACGGCUUGCCUUUCGGCCGCCGCCUCGCCGCCACCCUCGCCGCCGCCGCCGCCUCGCGCCCUCCCUCGCUGCCCUCGCUCGCCCGCCCGGGGACGGAGCUGGCACAGGAGCAGCUUCGACACUUCCGAGACACUUCCGAGACACACCUCGCCUGACCGGAGGGCGAGUGGCGCCGGUCGGCCUCUGAGCUUCGAUGACCGCCCCCACCACCCCUCUAUCACCAGCUGGCUGCCGCACGGACCCACGCCGCCGCCUAUUCCGUCGGCCUGAUCGGCCGGCUGGUCGGCUGCUGGCUGGUCGGUUGCCUCGCCCCCGCCCCUCUCUGGCCUUGCCGGGAGGACCUGCCCCUCUGGUGCCGGCUCCCUGCCUGGACCCGGUGCAUGGAGUCGACAUGGAGCAUGCUCGCUCUCGCAGUCCCACGCCAUGCUCUACCCUACUCAAACAACACGUGACCUGACUCGCUCUCUCUGUUUUGUCUCUGUGCCAUGUUGCCCCCGCUUGCGUGCCGGCCUCCGCCGUUGCGCGAGGCGGCGUGUGCGCGUGUGUGCUUUCAGUGCUUUUGGAUCGUCCCAUGUGAUGCAUAGUACUAGUAGCGUGGCUAGGUGCGUGGGCUCGGCUGAGGCAUAGUACUAGUAGCGUGCUCCCGGCCCAGUGGGGACAUUUGCUAAAGCUUGCUAAAGGUGUUCUGCA